AGUGUGGUGAAGGCUAUAAAAUAAAACGCAAGAAAGUGGUCGAAGUUCAUUUGACAUCAGAGGUCUGACCAGUUUUUUAGUUCUCUUCGCUUUUCCAAUUGAUCAGAGUCAAAAUGAGGCUGUGUGUGUUUUUGGCGUUCGCCUGUGUGUUGCUGCCAGCAGUGUGUGGGAUAAGGUGUUUCACCUGCUGGGGUGUGAACCCUGGCCACUGCAACGAUGUGUGGAGCUGUGCUCCCCAUUUCGACCGCUGUGCCACCACCAUUGUUGCUGAAAAUUUGAUCACCAAAGAAUGCAUGAGAAGCGACAUGUGCGAUAAUGUUUACUCUAAUGGUCUCCGAUGCUGUUCUGGAGACCUGUGCAACGGAGCACAACAUGCUGGGGUCUUUGUCCCUCCCCUCCUCGCACCCUUAGCCAUCAUAACACUCUUCAUUUGAAGCUGAACAUUCUCAUCGCUACAUUCAUCGUGUGCUGCUUCGAGUGUUCAGAAGUGGAGGAGUCAUGAUGGUGCUCUUUUAGAGGCGCUGAUGAUAGCAGAAAUGUAUUUGGAGCCCUCUAAAGAAGCCUGAUCUAAAAUCCUGAUUUGCUACUGAAAAUGUGUCCUUUUCACACUGUAUAUCUGUAUAUCUACUCUUAUUUUGUACUCACUCACACAUGUAACAGUACCAUGUAUUUUAGAAUAUCUCAAUAUGUAUAGUCUGCAAUAAAUAUGGAUAAUACAUUCACAUUUUUUGAAAGUUUGACCAUUUUUGCACAUAUCUUAACAAUUAUUUUGCUGCACCUUCUUUUCCCCUUUAUAGUCUUUUCUCUUAUUUAAAAAAAAAACAAAAAAAA